UGUUCUCGUUCACACAGGAGGGAGACAUGACUAUCAUGGAUCCUCUGGGGAGCCUCAACAACAUCCUGAUGCUGACGAGGCAGAGAAGAGUCUCUCCAGAUCAGAACACCAGAUGGACAACGCAAGCCCUUCCGCCCUCCCAGAGUCCCCGUGUCGUACCUCUCCCAGUAGCACCUUACUGCUGGGUCUGAAGAGGUUGUCUGUGCGGCUGGUGGACUGCAGGAAAACAACGGGGCUGAGUGGAACUGUGAGAGGAGGAGAAGAGAAGAAAGGAGCAGAUUUGACUCAUCAAAGAGAAAGACCAGACUCAGAGGAAGCAGAGCCAGAGGCGUAUAAAUCAGCAAGACCACACCACUGCUCCCACUGCGGGAAGAGUUUUACCGAGUUAGGGCACCUGAAAGCGCAUGAGAGAAUGCACACAGGGGAGAAGCCUUACCAAUGCUCCCUGUGCGGAAAGAGUUUCUCCUUGUCAGCAAGCCUGAAAAGACAUGAGAGGACACACACAAGAGAUACGCUUUUCCAAUGCUCUCAGUGUGAAAAUAGUUUUUCCUUGUUAGCAAGCUUGAAAAGACAUGAGAGGAUACACACAGGUGAUAAGACUUUCCACUGCUCCCAGUGUGAAAAGAGUUUUACACGGUUAGGGAACCUGAAAAAACAUAAAAGAAUACACUCAGGAGAGAAGCCUUUCCAAUGCUCCCAGUGUGAAAAGGGUUUUACAGAGUUAGGGAACAUGAAAAGACAUGAGAGGACACACACAGGAGAUAAGCCUCAUCGCUGCUCCCAGUGUGGAAAAGGUUUUACCCAGUUAGGACACCUGAAAGUGCAUGAGAGAAUACACACAGGGGAGAAGCCUUACCAAUGCUCAGAUUGUGGGAAGACCUAUUCCUCAUCACGGUCACUUAAAAGUCAUGUGAGAAUCCACACAGGAGAGAAGAAGCCUUACUUCUCCUAGUGUGUAAAUUGAUAUUUCACAUCACAUUGACCUAAUUACUUCUCCUAGUGUGUAAAUUGAUAUUUCACAUCACAUUGACCUAAUUACUUCUCCUAGUGUGUAAAUUGAUAUUUCACAUCACAUUGACUUAAUUACUUCUCCUAGUGUGUAAAUUGAUAUUUCACAUCACAUUGACCUAAUUACUUCUCCUAGUGUGUAAAUUGAUAUUUCACAUCACAUUGACUUAAUUACUUCUCCUAGUGUGUAAAUUGAUAUUUCACAUCACAUUGACUUAAUUACUUCUCCUAGGGUGUAAAUUGAUAUUUCACAUCACAUUGACUUAAUUACUUCUCCUAGUGUGUAAAUUGAUAUUUCACAUCAUAUUGACUUAAUUACUUCUCCUAGUGUGUAAAUGGAUAUUUCACAUCACAUUGACUUAAUUACUUCUCCUAGUGUGUAAAUUGAUAUUUCACAUCACAUUGACUUAAUUACUUCUCCUAGUGUGUAAAUUGAUAUUUCACAUCACAUUGACCUAAUUACUUCUCCUAGUGUGUAAAUUGAUAUUUCACAUCACAUUGACCUAAUUACUUCUCCUAGUGUGUAAAUUGAUAUUUCACAUCAC